GGGAAGUAGAAGAUGACCAAAGAAAGCGGUUGUUAGAAUUACUUAGAGGACAUCCCGAUCUCUGUGCUCAAGAUAUCUCUGAGUUGGGCCGGACUGAUAUAAUUCGGCAUUGUAUUCCUACCCAAGAC